GUGUUGGCGACCAUGAAUCGGGUUGCGCCGUACCAUGGUCCAGCAGCCGACGUCAUCAGCGCGUCGCGGCUCCCACUGCUCUUCGAGCUCGUUGGCAUGACGUACCUCGUGGCGUCCGUGGGCCUGAGCUUCGCCGCGCUCAGUGCGUUUGGUCGCUACACGAGCUCCGACUUUUUUGUUGCCGAUUUUGGCAGCACGACAGCCCUCAUCGUGCAGGCGUUCAACACAGCGCUGACGACGACGUCGGCAUCGACCACCGUUGACAUGACACUACCAACGCUGUCGUCUGUGCCGUUGGGUGUCAACCCGGCAUACCCGCGCCUGCUUAUGUACAGUGAGCUCACGACAUUACCCGUUGCAAUCCAAGGCCUUCGGCGCUUGAGCCCGAGCCUCGUUGUCAAGAUGGUGUCGCUCUACUGCUGGGUCGACCUGGGGCGGCAGUGGGAGCUUGCGUACUCGGCGACGCGCCAAGCGCGAUGCUCGCGCGCGUACGCUGAGAACGGUGCCGUGUACCUCGAGUCCGUGCUGCGCAACAUUCCGCUUACCGCCUGGCUCAAGCUCUCGGGCAGCAAGUUUGAGCAGUGCAUUGGUCACCCGAUCCGAACGAGCGGGCCCGCCGGUCUGCAGUGGUACAAUGACCUUCUCAACCACACGACGUGGAGUACGCUAGACGAUGAGCUUGCGCUUUGGCGUGCCUCGGGACUGCGGCAUUUUACGCUCCAGUAUGGAACCGGCAUUGGCAUGGGCGUCACCGAGUCGAUUGGUGUGAUUAAUGCACUCGGGGUCUCGCUAACGCUGCCGCUCAAAGCCAUUCCGAUGGUGAAUCGGUGGGUGUUUCGCACGACGUUGGUUCUGAACGACCUUUUGUACAACGAUCUCUGGGCCAUUGCCAAGAACCAGAGUCUGGUCCGGAGCGCCCCCAACUACUUUGGCGGCCCCAACCCGUUCGCGAUCGAGGCGUACGCCAAGGGACACCCGCUCAACGCCGUCUACCAAGCUUUGCACGACCAGCUCGGUCCGCUUGGUAACAUUGACGCGAUCUGGUUGCCACCGCCAAAGGCACUUGUCGCAGCGGUCUCGAGGUUUUGCACAACGAUCCUCGCACACAUGCGCGACAAUGCUACGGUCGCCGCGCUUGUCCACGAGGCCAGUCGAACGUUCGUCCUCAUGCCGACACCAAGGCGGUGGCAAGACCCGACCUUGCGCUUCUUUGGUGGUAACCCCAUGUGCGGAGAUGGAUCCGCCUUGCCGUUUGUGCUGCAGACGCUUAGUUUUGACGACGUCUGUGGCGCCCAGCGCCCGCUUACACUCGAGUGGCAGGGUCUCAACGGCUUGUUUGCCUAUUAUGUGACGCCGAUGUUGAAUGCAUCUUUUUGCAGCCAGUGCUCCCUCGAGGCGCAAAGCGACUGCGUGCAGGGCUACCUUGCCGCACAGCGUGCUGUCGAGGCGCUUGAUCUCACCACAUCGAGUCUGCUUGCUUGGAAUGGAUCACUCGUGGACGACUUCUCGAUCGAAUUGCUUCAGAUGGUGCAGACCCCACUCGGCUCGAUCGCGCUCGAGUACCAACCGCUGCUGGAGCCAAAUUGGGCCUUCUUUGGAGGCAUGAUGCUCUACGACUGGGUGCUCAACUAUCGCGAGGUGCUCUCAUUGCAUGGCGACGUUGAGCAGCGCCAUCUCAUUUCAAGCUUUUAUGCACCCAAAGCGUUUGAUCCGCUCUUGCCACCCGCAGGGUUAGGGCCGUACCUCCUGCGCUUUGGGUCGAUUCUCACGAUCACCUUGGCGCUUGUGGGAGCGGUAGCGCUCAGUCUCUGGCUCCGCGUGCGACCGCGGGGAACACCGUGGUUUGCGUUUUGGCCCGUCGCGGGCUCGGUCUGGGUCAGCCGUAACCUCCUUCUUGUCCGUGGUUUCAUGGCCACGAUCUGCAUGGCUAGCGUGCCCUUGCAAACGAUGGCGACGCCGUCGCUGCGCUACCUUGCGGCACCGCCUCGACCGUGGUAUCUCAGCUGCCUCUUGGCAAGCGAGUCUCUCUGGCUUGUCUACUGCAUCCAGGACGUGCUGCUGCCCUACACAUACGCAAGUGUCCGCGCCACUGCGCCGUACACGUCCCUUGCAGCGUGGUGUAUCGUCGUGUUGCUCGACCAAGGCGCGGUGCUUCCGCUUCUUGCCUCCAUUGACCGCAGCUGCGCUUUGAUAGACAUGGACAACGCCAUGGUGUGUGAGAGCGGGUCGCUGUACGUCGGGUGGUCCUCGCGUGCGCUGCUUAUCGUUGGCAUAAACACUAUGUCGGUGGCGCUCUGUGUACUGUGGGCCAUCACGCAUCGGGACGGGGACCGCAUCCAGCCGCAUAAGCUACUGCCGCUCUCGGCGGUCGCACCGACGGCACCCGCCACCAACGUUCACGUGGAGCUCAACGACGUGGGCGCCUGGGUCGCCGGUAUGGUGUAUCUCCGCUACAACGACUCGGAUUACCUCUUUGACUGCAAAUUGUGGCGGCUCGUGUCCCUCGAAGAUUAUAGCAUUCAGCGACGGCAAUGCCGCAGUCAGUUCCACGCGGUGCACGGUGCACCGUCGUCGACGCCGCUGCAGAGUCUGCCCCACCAACCAUCGAUUUUGUCGGCGUGGUGGAGUCGACACGGUCGUGGUGGCCACUCUAUCAUUGUCAUCUUGGCCAUUACGUACAUGGUGUUUACCCUUCUUGGCAAUCUGGCGUAUCUCACGGUGCUGCAAGGCGCCAUGGCCAACGACUUUGGCUGGGCUGGCUUCAAUACCUCCGGGACACACGCCUUUUUGGCCAAUCUAUGCAACCGGCAGCUUCUCGAACGUUCGCAGUUGGCGUCGUUGGAGCUCGAGAGCCCCGAAAACAGCGAUCUCUCGCAGUCGUACGCGACAGCGACGUCGGCGACCAUUUCGUGGUACCCCACGACACCCCGCCGACAACUCUUUGCCCCCAGCCCGGAGCUGGCCGACGUGAUCCGCGGGCUUCGAUCAAUGGACCCAGCGCAGCUGCCGUGGAUGUUUACGCAGUACUGCUGGCUCGACUUGAACCAAACAUGGUCCAUGGCAUCGACGCCCCAACGACAAGUGCGCUGCGCGGCGACGUCAGUGCAUAAUGGCGCACGGUACCUCGAGACGAGCCUCCGCAACCUCCGCAGCUGGGACGUUUGGUGGUCGUCGUGGGGUGUCUCGUACUACUUGGGCAUCCAAAGUGUUCUCGAGACAUCGCUAAGAGGGCGAGCGUGGCAACAGCAAGUGCUCGCCGCCGGGAGCACGUCGAUCGACGACGAAGUGGCCUACUGGCAGCUGUUUGGGAUCACCACGUUUCUAUUGCAGUGGCAAAACUACAAGACAACUGGCUUUCAAGAUGCACUCGUGCUCACGACGGCGCUCAAUUUGCAGUACCAGCUACCAUUGAGCAAUGUGGAUAUGAACUUUGAUAUGACGCGCCAAACCUCGAUGCGCAUGUACUGGAGUUUCGCCAGCGAUCUCUGGGCGAUCGCGGCGAAUACCACACGCCUUGCGGGCCGUUCGCUGCUGUCAUCGAGCCCCAUGUUUGCGUACUCCAAUGUCACACCCGAGCAGCUACUUUUUGACAAUUAUACGCUUGUCGCGCCGCUGUCAUCGGGCUUGACGAGUUUGCAAGCGACGCUCGGUCCGUUCAACGUCAUUGACUUGGUCUACGUGCCGAUCCCGCCCCGGCUCCAGGCCAUGUACGCAGCGCUUCUGCGGGUGGUUGCCAACUUGACCGUCUCAGACUUGGCCGCCCAAGCCGCGUACCUCAACCUUCCGAUCAAAUCCUACAUUGGCCACGUCCCCAGCGAUCUCUUGAGCGACGUCGCUGCCAAGAUUGUGGGCGGCAACGUCUUUUGUGGCGACGACAUUGCGCCCACGUCCCCGUCCAGUGCGCUCGCGGCGCCAUUCAGCACCGACAGCUUGUGCCACUCGUGGCGUCUCGAGUACCUCAGGCCCUCCAGCACGGGGCUGCUCCUGGCGCUCGUGGGGUAUGCAACUGUCUAUGGCUUCAACCCGAUGGUGGAUGCGAAUGCGUUUUGCAGCUUGGAUGUGUACGCCGAGCCGAAUUGCGCGACCAUCUACACGGCCAGCUGGAACUUUACGCGCAACUAUAGUGCUUGGUUUGAGGACGUCUCGGCGCUUGCGCAAGCGACGCACGCCGACGUCGAACGACUCGAUAUUCGCCUGGUGCAGUAUGUGACCCGUGGCACGCCCCAGGUCGAGCUCUAUGAGCGCGGGUUCUUUGAUGCGUCGUUGGACCGCAUCUGGCCGUUCUUUGGGUGGUGCUACCUCUACGAAUGGGCGAUCGGCCAGCGCGAAGUCGUCUCGUUUCAAGGCGACGCUGGUACACUGACGACGAUUUCGACGCAUUUGAAUCCCGUGUCUAUGACGCUGAGUGCGAGUUCGAUUCCGACACAGCUUUCGUACAUGUGUCAGCAGUGCGCCCGGUACGUCACGGGCCUUUGCAUUGGCGUCACGGGGCUUUUGGGUAUCUACGGCCUCGCAGCCGGUGGCGCUAUCGAAGGCCUCAAUUUGCUCGAGUUUAACCGUAUUGUCGGCCACGUCUGGGUUGGCCGGACGCUGUUGGUGGUGCGCAGUCUGACGGCGCUAUGGCUUUUAAACACGAGCACGCUCACGCUCAGCGUGGUGGGCCAAGCGACACAAUUCACCUUGCCGCCAUUGCCGUGGACCAAAACCGUCCUUGCCGCCUCCGAGCUCACAUGGCUCAACUACAUUCUCAACGACCUUUUGAGUUUUGCAACCGAGCGCAUCACUAUCUACUACGCGUGGAAAUCGACCUUUUGCACAUGGCUCAUUGCUGUCAUCUGGACGAUCCAAGCGCCGCAGCAGUACACGGCGUAUUUGGACCGAAGGUGCGACUCGAUCGACAUGGACAGCGGCCUCGUUUGCACCAGCGCCCACGUGUACAUUGGCAGCUUUCAACGCGUCGUCGUCGACUUGGCGAUUGUGGUGUCGUGCGUGCUCGGCCUCGCAGUGAUCGAGUGGCUUCGACUGCGAAAAAAAGAGUUGCCGAACCGAAGCAUCCCGACGCUCCUACUGAGCUCGUCGAGCUUGUAUAUGCUGGAACUUGACAACUGGAUGCACCUCGGAGAGUGCUACCUGGACCAAGCGUCCGGCGUCCUCGCCGGUCUCCUCACGCUGCAUUGGCGCGCCCAGCUCUAUGUAUUUGACAUCAAAAGCUGGCGACUUUAUACAGUCAGCGUUCCAGUAAACACAAAGCUCCGGCAUCGCUUUCGCCGUGCGAUCCCGCUCACGCAAUUUCGCUGAGAGACGCGGGAGUAUUUGCCACCUGCACCUUUUUCGCAACCAAAGCACCCUCAAUA